AUGCCAUCGACGGCCAGACAAACACGGAGGGAAGUAAAGACCGUUGCGUGCUGCAACGGCAGCAAUUAUCGGCCACUUCGUCGCGUGUUCGAGUUGUCCUGCUGCAAGUACCAGAUUUGCUUCCGUUGUCUGUCCAAGACGUGCUCGAAGGCGCUCAAGAACUCGAUUCUGGCGACGUGUUGGAAGUGCAACAAGGAGAUCGCACCGAACCAAGUGGAGCUGGUUCUAAGCCGCUCCGAGUUCGCGUUGUACAUGGCUUGGCACCGCAAAGAAAUGUGUCCAAGCGCAAACUGCGUCAGUUGCGCUGUGAAGGAGACCAAGAACGAGCUGCGAGUCGCGCCCUGUGGCCACAACUACUGCCAGCCGUGCCUGCUGCGAAUGUGUCGUUUAGCAUUGGGCGACCGAGCGCUUGUACCGCUUCGUUGCUGCAAGAAGGAGCUGCCUGAUGACUAUGUGCGUGAAGCUCUCGACAAGGACGACGACUUUGCCAAGUAUCAACAGCUCGUGAGGGAGAAAGACUGGAAGGUGUCCGAUCUCCAGUCUGACGCCGAAUACUCGGCCACAGUGAAGGCCAUGGGAGCCAAGCAGUGCCCCGGUUGUGGUAUCGGCGUGCAGCGAGACUUUGGAUGCGUGCACAUGGCGUGCCCCAAUGGACAUCAGUUCUGCUACACAUGCCUGCAACCCACUAAUCCCUGA